AUGCCUCUAGUAUUGGAUGGUCUUCGCGACGCAAUUUCGGGUUUGGCGCUAGUUCUGGAGCGGACGGACGCGGCUGACAGUUCCCAUGAGCUGGACGAGGUGCUGUUAAGGGCUGCCAAAUCAGGAGUGAUAAAGCACUUCGAGUUCACUUACGAGCUCAGUUGGAGAUUCAUCAGGCGCUGGCUGGAGACCAACAUCAGCCGGGAUGCUGCCGACGGCGUUACCCGUCAGGAGUUAUUCCGGCUAGGAGCAGAGCACCGUUUGAUUAACCGAGUAGAAGACUGGAUGAUCUAUCACCGAGCUCGAAAUCUCACUUCGCACACUUACCGGCAGGCCACUGCGGAAGAAGUCUACGCGCCCUGGAAGCCCGAAAUGACUGACGCGACUGAAAUUCACGUUAAUCCUGAGGAGUUGGCCCGAAUACGGCAAAUUCUGUCCGACCACCUGCCAGACUGCGAGGUAAGGGCCUUUGGUUCGCGGGUGACCGGGCAUACCAAGCCAUGGUCGGACUUAGACCUGGCGGUGGUGGGGCCCACCUCUAUUCACUGGAACGAUUUGGGCAAGUUAACCGAAGCUUUCCAGGCCUCGGACCUGCCUUUUCGGGUCGAAGUGAUGGACUGGCAUUCCGCUUCGCCGGCAUUUCAGGAAGUUAUUUCUCAGAGAUAUGUGGUGGUACAGGCGGUUUCCCGUGAAACCGAGGCGCCCUCCACGUAA